UUGUAUAUAUGCUGUGGUUAGUGUGGGGUAGAUAUCCCGCUAGUGGGCGGCGUUAUAUAAGCACCGAGCGCAACCCCUUUUACCUUACUCGCUCUCUCUACAAACUAGCGCGAUGGUUGUAACAUGUUUAGUACGAUGGAAAAAUGCAACCGGCAUGCGCGAUCUUUCAUAUAUCCAAGAACAUGUCACGAAGUCAUUACACGGCAAAAACACUGGCCCAUGGUCCCUGGGUGUCAAAUUAUAUAGAGACAUUGUUCAGAACAGCAACGCACGCGGCUCACACCAAAUGAUGCAGAGUUCUCUUCAUCAGCAACAAAACCAAAAAGACAGCAAAUUAAUGUACCAAGUCGCGCUCGGACAACAGCCAGGCCAGGUUUAUUGUAUGGUGGAUGGAAGCGUGGUCGUUGAAGCCGAGAAGGAGUUGGAGAUCAUUUUGUCUCGAUUAAAAAACCUUUGGAUCAUGCGACAUAAUGUUGUUAUUGAGGGCACAAGUUUCGAAGUUGGCGAUUUUACAUUACGAGUAGCAAACAUUCUUUUGGGAUCGACAUAUAAAGGCUUAUUGCUAGAGAUCAAUUAUCACCCAUGCUCAGCACCCAACAUGGCCACCGAUUUACUUCGCGAAUUCGUCGAAUCUGUCGUCCCACCCACUGCACAAUUAUCUUGUGAAUACGAAUAUGAUUACGAACUUGUCGGGUUAAGCAACCAUGAUUUCAGCACAGCUCACACCGGAUACCAAUACAUGAUGCUUUUCCGCAACGACGGUCUCUUGUAAAAAGGAACACAUUGUACAUUUUGAUUAGCAGUAAUUAGUAAAGAAAAAAAUGCAUAACAAU